AAGAUGUAAUCCAAUGGCAAAACAGUUGGGGGGUCAUCGAUGCAGUCGUAAUAGUAUAACACUCAAAUCAGGUCGUUUCUCAGAUGGUAAAAAGUUCAAACGAUGCAGUCAGUCACAGAGCGUCAAAGGUCAACAAAAGCAACAUCCUGGAAGAAUUGUUGCACAUAUGGCUGCCGCAACGUUCAAUGCACAGAAGAGACACUUAUCCACCAAUUCGUCUCCUGGAAUGGAAAAUAGUAAAGGUUUUGAUGUCGAUGUACAUCGCCGUGGUAUGCGUAAACAUUGUGGUAAGGGACAAAAAGGUAAUGGUCCUGGUAAUCAAUGGGGAAAAGGUCCACGUGGUUAUAGAGGGUCUGCUGGUCUUGGUGGUCAAGUCGGUAGAUGUCAACCUACCAAAGGACACAUCCAGGAUCAAGCCGUUGCUAGUAAACACUAAAACACUAAUACUACUGGUAUUAAGAGAGAUAACCCCCGAAAGAUAGCAUUACUGAUAGAAAAUUUAAUCAAUAUUAUUUUAAUGAAAAUAUUUUU